AUGAGCCAGAUAGGUGUUGGUGAUAUCGUCACUGCGGUCAAAUUUGUCUGGACGGUCUAUGAAAGCGUGAGAGAUGGACCUACAGGUGCAACAGGCGACUUUAACUCUUUUCGCCAAGAGUUCCGUGCUAUCAAAGUAUUACUGGAAAGAAUACAGCGGGUAAAUGAAUCUACCUCAGGAGACGUCCGUCAUCUGGGAGCGAUUUACCACCAAACAAUCCAGGAAUGCGCCCAGUUCGUUAAUAAGCACAAGGUACUUGCCCAAGAUAAACCAUUAACAGAUAACAGCCGUCGUGGGAGUCUAGGCAAGAAGGUCUCCGUCUGGUUUGAGAAGGUCACCUGGCCACUCGAGCGAAGUGAGGCCGAACGGCUUCGACAGAAACUUGAGCGUUGUCUGAGCGUGGCAACGCUGAGGUCUACCGAGGAAACACGCGAUGCAACUUUGGGGUUUAUGCGGAUAGCGGAGAAUAACCAGUUAGAAAACCUGGAGAUGUUGAAAUCGAUCAAGACAAUGACCGCACAGAUCUCACUACUCCUGCGGAAAUGCAUUAUUGACAGCCCAAUACACACCGAAGACCAUGAUGCACACCACUCAAGCCAGCGUGGGCAUCGAUCGAGGCUCGCCGGCCUUAAGCCGGAACACAUACUUAGUGGAAUCCCAGAGGAUGAUGAAGUGCCUUCACUUGACAGUCAAAGGUACCAAAGGGUCCUCGAUCGCAUUCGUGAGAUCUCUGAGAGACUGGGAAACCUUACUCGGCGACUUGAUACACAUGGUCUACCUGUGGGCCCGCCUCAGCAUACCAGUCGCAAGUAUAUGUUGAAUUCUGAUACAGACAUUGCUGAGACACCAACUGUUGAUGCAAUGGUUCUCUUCCUUCAUCAGGUUAGCGAUGAUGUGCGCGAUGCUUUAGAGAUGGUUGGCUAUGGGCACAACCUCGUUCCGAACUAUGACCGGUCUGAGAAAGAUCAAGCUGUGGUUAAGCCUGCUCGGUCGAUCAAUGACACUGCAGAGGAAUGGGAGCAGUUCCGGCAUUGGCUCGACUUCCAGCUUGUACACGCCUUCAAUAUGAAUUCUAUUGAUAUCAAGCCUCUCCAUCCAUCACAACCACUGCUGUCAGAGCUCUCUCCAUCACCCGAUUGCCUCUCACCAUCGAUUCCCAUUACCCGUACACGCUCAGUGGAGUCCGAUCUUUCAAUUGGUUCUCCAAAGUCAACCAUCUCUAUACCGAUCUCCGAUAGGAAGAUUCCACUUACAACCCACCCAGUCCAAGUGGAAUUUCCGGGCCCGAAUAUUCCCAAUCGCGCGCUUUUUCGCACAUUGGUAUGUACAGUUGUGGCUUGUUUGAAUACCCAGACAAACGAGCCAGAGGCGAUUGAAGCAGUCGAUAUCAACGGAGGAGUCAAAGUUACCCAGACCAUAAUCCGCGGGUCCACCACCGUGAAAAGCUCUAUGCUUCCUUACGUACCGAGCAGUCGAGUAACUGGGUCGUUUUCUGAUUCCUGCCCCAUCUGGUUCCAGGGUACGCAUAAAGCGAAGAUCGAAGAGCAACAGUCCAUUGUCAGAUAUAGUAUCUCGCCGAUCUAUAAAUGCCGCGACCGUAGUGAUUUCGAGAGCUUUCAGAGGGUCCUUCUUCGAAGAAAGGUCGUCGCCUGCUUUGACGUGAGGAAAAUCUCCGUUGGAUCGGAUUACUAUUCCAACUCAGGAGAGACAGUCCGCGUGCUCGAAGACCCAAUUACCAAAGCACUUUCAUUGUUAUUCUUUGCUUCCUUCCCGGGGACAUCCCGCCGAGCAAGGUUUGUCGAUAUGCUAGUAAAUGACCUGGGCACUCCCAAUCAGAAAUCAAAACAGGUCAAACUUCUGUUUCAGGCUGCUUCACGACGCGGUUCCAUGGAUAGCGUCGCUAGUGGCUUUUCACAGGACUCACGUCAGUCUACGUUAACAUCAUUAGGAUCCAGCACACGGGGUAAAUAUCUAGAGCUCGAGUUCUAUGAGGAAAGAGACUGUGCAGCGUUUAUCCGCAAGCUCAAACAUGUAGCCGGGGCUUGA